GUCAAUAAAAUUGUUGGGAUAAUAAAUUUGUCGAAAUCAAUGCCUACCUUAUCUGUGAUCAGCACAACAUAACUAACUAGCCAUGGAUUUGGACGAUUCUAACGACAACGGAUCGGAUGGUUGUUGUCAUAACUCGAUGAGUAGGCCAUACCUAUCGAGUGUCUGUCCACAAGUCGAUUGUUAUCAGUCGUCGCUAUUGAAAGCCGUUAAGCGCAACAACUCUUGUUCACCGCAGAGUAGUCCACAAAGACAUUACAAUUCAUCACAACUGUGCCGUCGCGACAGUAUCUGUACCGAUGCCUCGCCACAACAACCAUCAUCGCCAACAGGAACUAAAAAAUUGAAAAAAAUCCAAACAAUUUGGUCGACAAUUAAACGAUUUUCUCCGGUCCAUAGAAUCAAGAAUUAUAAUAAACGAAAAUUAGAUGAAAAAACUGAACGAUUAUAUUCAAGUCAUCCGGAUAUUAGUUACAGUAAUUUAGUUGUAUUGACACAAAUUGAAAACCAGAGAAGCCGUGACGAUACCGACGCUGCCAUUGCGUUAACAAAGAGUAAGUCUAAGACUACGACGACAACAGCAAACAAUGUCCAUAAGCUUUUCGCCGCCGAUAGUAAUGAAAGUAAUUGUGAUGUUAUUUACACAAUGACUACUACAACGACUACUACUUCAGCAAACAAUAGUAAACUUAUUAAUAAUAAAAUGGAUUCACUUGACUGUGAAAAUUGUUUUUCAAUUAAACGAUUUUCUCCGGUCCAUAGAAUCAAGAAUUAUAAUAAACGAAAAUUAGAUGAAAAAACUGAACGAUUAUAUUCAAGUCAUCCGGAUAUUAGUUACAGUAAUUUAGUUGUAUUGACACAAAUUGAAAACCAGAGAAGCCGUGACGAUACCGACGCUGCCAUUGCGUUAACAAAGAGUAAGUCUAAGACUACGACGACAACAGCAAACAAUGUCCAUAAGCUUUUCGCCGCCGAUAGUAAUGAAAGUAAUUGUGAUGUUAUUUACACAAUGACUACUACAACGACUACUACUUCAGCAAACAAUAGUAAACUUAUUAAUAAUAAAAUGGAUUCACUUGACUGUGAAAAUGAAUUGGCGUUAAGCCGGCAAAGAGUAAAUCUUUUAAGACAACAUCCCUUUUAUCACUUGGAGGUACACUUGGUUUGUGCCACCAAUUUGUUGGCAAAGGAUGCCUGCGGCACAAGUGAUCCAUACGUUAAAUUCAAAAUCGGUAACAAAAUUGUAUACAAAAGCCGAAUUGUGGCCAAAUGUUUGGAUCCUAAAUGGGACGAGUAUUUUGUAUUACCCAUUGACGACGUUUUUCAGCCGAUUAUCAUCAAAGCCUAUGAUUAUGACUUUGGCUUUCAGGACGACUAUCUGGGCGCCGCAUCCAUCGAUCUGACUAAACUUGAUCUACAAACGCAAACAGAUUUAGAGCUAAAACUUACGGAAUCGGGUCUCGAGAAAGACAUCGGUACUCAAUCGUGGGGUGAAAUCUUUAUAACUGUUACCCUAAUUGGCAAAACACUAGAGGAAAAAGAAAUGCAUUACAAUAAAGGAUUGAAGAUAAUUAGUUCGGGUAGCGGUUCGGAUACUGGUGUCAAAAAGCCGACAAAAAUACAGUUAUGGGACAGUGUUGUCAACAUAGUGUUAGUUGAGGCGAAAAAUGUCAAAAUCAAAGACGACAACACUUUCGGUGAUCUACAUAUUAAGUUCAAAUUGGGAUCCGAUAAAUACAAGAGCAAAGUAGUACCGAAAUCGGCUAAUCCCGUUUGGGUGGAACAGUUCGAUUUGAAUACCUAUUUGGAUCAGUCAAAGGUUCUCGAGUUUUCUCUUUGGUCUCGCGAAGAGAUAUCGAAGGCAACUAUCAAUUUAAAUGAUUUGGUAACUGAAGAAACACAUAAAAUGUGGAUCAACUUAGACGAUGGCAGUCAAGUAAUGAUUUUGUUGACCAUCAGUGCAACUCUUGGAUCGGAAGCCGUCUCUCAUCUCAGCAAUUAUGAGAUUAAUAAUAGCGAACAAAACAACAAAGUUAUGCUUAAAAAAUAUACUUUGUUAAGAAGUUUGAGAGAUAUCAAUGAUAUAGGAUUUUUGAUAGUUAAAGUAUAUCGUGCGGAAAACUUGGCGGCAGCUGAUAUCGGCGGCAAAAGCGACCCGUUUUGUGUCCUCGAGUUGGUCAACACCCGACUCCGUACACACACAGAAUAUAAGACAUUAAGUCCCGAUUGGAAUAAAGUCUUUACAUUCAAUGUUACAGAUAUUCACUCUGUUUUGGAGUUAACUGUUUACGACGAGGACAGGGAUAAAAAAGUUGAAUUUUUAGGAAAAGUUGCCAUACCUUUGCUUAAGAUAAAAAACGGUGAGAAAAAAUGGUUUGCACUAAAAGAUAAAAAAUUAUUGUCCAAAGCUAAGGGACAGAUCCUAUUGGAAAUGGAUAUCUAUUAUAAUAAAGUUAAGGCCAGUAUCCGGACAUUUAAUCCGCGAGAAUCUAAAUUUAUAAAACCGGAGCAACGAUUUAAGCGAAUUGUUUUUAUCCGAAAUGUUACCCGAAUUAAGAAUCUAGUGAUGGAAAUCUAUGAAAUCAUUAAAUUUAUGAACAGUUGUUUCCAAUGGGAAUCAGUAUCGAGAAGUAUCCUAUCGUUGAUACUCUUCCUAUUGUUUACCUAUUUCUUUGAACUAUAUAUGGCACCAGUUUUACUAUUAUUGAUAUUUUCAAAAACCUAUAUUUGGAUUAAAGUUGAAAACUAUUUCAAUCCCAGUCUUAAAGAGGAAGAGAUUGACGACGAAGAUGAGGCCAGUUUUGAUGAUGAAGACGACGAAACUAAAAAUGAAGAGAAAAAAUCAUUAAAAGAAAAACUACAAACAGUUCAGGAGAUUACAGCAAUGAUACAGAAUAUUAUGGGAGAAAUAGCGUCGUGUGGAGAAAGAAUUAAAAAUACGUUCAACUUCAGUGUGCCUUUUCUAUCAUGGCUUGCGAUCAUCAGUCUGACAAUUGUAACAAUAUUAUUAUAUAACCUACCCCUGCGCUAUAUUAUAAUGGCCUGGGGUGUCAACAAGUGGACAAAAAAGCUACGAUCGCCCGAUGCAAUCAAUAACAACGAAUUAAUGGAUUUUCUGUCCCGAGUUCCCGAUAACGAUGAAAGGGUAAUGUAUAGAGAAUAUAAAGUACACGCAAACACAGCGAUGGCCGCCGCCAGUGAUAUUGACCGCAAAAAGAAGAAAAAGACGGUCUAAAAGAGGUUGUGGUUGUUGUUGUCUAUCGGUAUUUGUUUGUUUGUUUUGAGGGGAAAAAACCUAUUAUUUUAAGGCAAUAGUUUGGUAUUGCAAAUGAAUUUUCAGAUCUAUUGAGAUGAAGUUAUUUUGUGUGUUGGUAUCGACAAUGAAUCUGAUAUACAGUAUUAGGACAGUAUUAUUAUUAUUAUUAUUAUUAAAGUCUUAAAUAUAUAUAAAAUUUUAAAAAA